AUGGCGUCUUCGGCCAAACGGCGGCAGCUGGACCCGGCAGUAGAGGAGUCGGGGGGAAGUGGAACGGAGGAAGAGUCCGGGGACAGCAGCGAAGAAUCGGAGCCGGAAAUACAGCAAGAAGUGCAAGUAGAUUUUGAAGCGCAUGCCAUAUCUGACAAUGAUCAUAAUGGAAUCAAGAGACUGUUACAACAGUUAUUUCUCAAGGCUAGUAUCAACAUCACUGAAUUAGCUAACAUCAUAAUUCAACAAAAUCAUGUUGGAAGUGUUAUUCGGUGUUUUCCUUAUAACACGCCGAGCAAUUCUCACCUCUCCAUGUAA